AUGGACGGAAUUUCCUGUGCAUCCAGCGUUAUCGCGGUUAUUCAACUUACAGGGAGUAUUGCGAAGAUCUGUGGAUGCUAUAUUCAUGAGAUCAAAGACGCACGAGAUGAUAUUAUUACCUUGCAACGGACGGUCGCAGGCCUUGAAGGCAUCCUUGAGGAACUUGCAAGACUUCUCCAAGGACCUGGGGGCAUGAAACUAUCUACCUCAUCCUCACUAGUCAAUAAUAUUAGUGAUUGCCUUUCGCACCUCAAGGCCUUGGAACAGAAAAUUGAUCUAGGGCGAGGGAAGCGCAUGAUGAAGAGACUUGGUAUUCGAGCCUUAAAAUGGCCACUCGAACGCACAGAAGUGGGCAGGAUUCUCAACGAUCUAGAGAGGUACAAGUCAUCCUUCACUUUAUCCUUGCAGGUGGACCAGACUGUUCUCUUAACCAGUGUCGCUCAGAAUAUAGACCAGAUCGACCAAUAUUUGAUUCUUGACAAGCUGCCGAUCGCGUGUGGAGCCGAGUUUGACUCAUAUAUGGAUCAGCACGAGGAUGUAUGUCUCCCAGGCACCAGAACUGAGCUCCUUCACCGAAUCACGGAAUGGGCCGGGUCGCCGCAGGACAAAUGCAUAUUUUGGCUAAAUGGCAAGGCUGGGACAGGGAAAUCGACUAUCUGUCGAACAGUGGCGAAAUAUUUCAGAGAGGCCUCGCUCCUAGGAGCAAGCUACUUCUUCAAGAGGGGAGAAGGUGACAGGGGAAAUGCCACGAAGUUCUUCCCGACAAUUGCACAGCAGUUGAUGAUUCGCAUACCUGAGUUAAAACCAGGCGGUCUGAAAGCACUCAAGGAUGAACCUGAUCUCGGAGGCAAAUCGCUAAAAGAGCAGUUUGAUAGACUACUCCUUCAGCCCCUUCUGAGCUUAGACUCAACCAAGGGACAAGUGAUAACUACGGUAAUAGUGAUUGAUGCAUUGGACGAAUGUGAGAAUGACAAAGACGUCCGAGUUAUACUUCAGUUACUACCACAGCUACGCGUAUCGACUGCUAUACGUGUUCUGAUCUUCUUGACAAGCAGGGACGAAAUGCCGAUCACACUAGGAUUCUUGGGGGCUGGAGAUCAUCGUGAGGUUUUUGCUCUCCAUGAGAUUCCUGAGGCAGUGACAGAACACGACAUAUCUCUAUUUUUGGAGGACCGAUUUUCAAAGAUCAGAGAAACGAGAAACGUCUCCAAAGACUGGCCUGGCGAUGAUAAAAUCCAGACAUUGGUUAUGAUGUCAGUUCCAUUGUUCAUUUCUGCCGCCACUGUUUGCCGAUUCCUUGAAGAUCCGAAGUGGGACCCAGAACAGCGCCUUGCAGAACUACUCAAGGACCAAGCCAAGUAUGCGACUAAAAUGGAGAAGACUUAUCUACCAGUCCUCAGGCGACUCCUUGAGCAUCAAGAUAAUGACGAGUCAGAGCAGCUGUUGCAACAGUUUCAGGACAUAGUCGGCAUCACAAUUCUCCUUGCUGUUCCUCUUUCAGUCAAUGCACUCUCCCAGCUUCUCCGUACCAGACGAGGGGUUAUCAGCAACCUAUUGAGUUCUUUCCAGUCUGUACUCAACAUACCUGAGAACCAAAACAUGCCCGUCAGGCUCCUGCAUUCAUCAUUUCGAGAUUUCCUCGUUAAUUCUAGGAGCAAGUUCCGUCUGGAUGAGCAACAUACGCACAAGAUUAUCACCCAAUAUUGCCUUACGACCAUGCGAGGUGGACUGAAAAGGAAUAUUUGUGGCCUAUCAAGCUACAGCACUCAGAGGAGGGAGAUCGAUGCCCAGUCAAUCCAGAGUCACUUACCAGAAGAAUUGCAAUACGCUUGUCGUUAUUGGGUACAUCAUCUAGCACAAUGCAAAAACCCCUGUUCUGAAAUGGAUGAUGCUCUUACCUUUCUCCAGAAACAUUUCCUGCACUGGAUAGAAGCAAUAUGCGUUCUGGGGCUUGCUUCUGAAGUUGUGGGGAUCAUUAAUCUACUGCAGUCAGCAUUGAACAGGGAUGAAAAUCACAAACUAUCAGAGUUCCUACAUGAUGCAAAGCGGUUUUUUUCUUAA